AUGGCAAGAUAUUAUUGUGAAUACUGCCACUCAUAUUUGACACAUGAUACUCUGAGUGUUCGUAAGUCGCAUUUAAUUGGUAAAAACCAUUUGAAGAUAACGGCGGAUUAUUAUAGAAACAAAUAUGUUGAAUUACAUGAGAAAAGAAAAGUAAAGAACCAUAAUAGAAAGAGGAAUGGAAAAGGUCAAAAUGAAGGUCAGAAACCUAUAACGUUACGUUGUCCUAAAAACAAGGAAAAGAAGCAAAUUGUCAAGUUAAAUCGACUAUAUCAUGAUGAACUUAACAAUACAAAACUUGACACACUUUCAAAAUUAUACGAAGGAUCCCCGGGCUACUCUAAAGUUUUUAUUGAUAGAAAUAGGUUUGAUAUCGGAGAUCUCGUGAAAAUGACUCGACUACCACAACGUGCAAAUGUCGUAGCUGGUAGCAACAGUAAUAUUAAUAAUGGUACUUCAAUGGAAAACCGAACUAGAAACGAAGUGUUUGUGAAUCAUUAUAACGAGAAGAAAGACAUUCUACCACCGCCGAUGAUACUAAGUCGCUGGAGUAAUACACUACCGAAGACGUCGACAUUCAAUGACAAUAAUGCAAUCAUCAAUACUACGAUACAGGCGUACAAGACAAGAUUACAAACGAAGAGACCAACUAGUGAUGUUUCUACAUCGACAAAUUAUAAAAGAAGAAAGUAUUAA